AUGAAGUCAGCCCUGGCCGCUGAUUUGAAAGGGCGGAGCGGCGUUGUCAUUGGCCAUCUGAGCUGCAUGACACGCAUACGCCAGGUCAUCGAUAAUGCGCUGCCGCGAGCAGAUCCAAUAUUCAUGCCACAUGCCGCUUUGUGGAUCGCCCAGCAGAGACAGCUCAUCGCCAUCGGCGGAGCAUUGAAGCCCCCGGAGAAUGUUGUGCAUACAUGUAGCGGCCAGUCUCUGGACGACAUCUCGUCAUCUUCCCAGGCGGCACCGACGCUGUUCUUGGUUUAUCUCUUCGGAGCAAAAAGAAAGAGAAUAGCACCGCAGAAGGAAAAAGAGAGUUAG